AUGGAUCACCUUGUCAGGCUUCUGAGGCAGCACCCGCAUCCCUUGCACCCUUCCGAGCCACCCCUGGGACUCCCUCCCCAGUCAGUUCUCCUGGCAGCAGAUUUGGCUGCCUCCUGGGAUAAGUUACCUCCUGAACUUGUCUCUUCCACUUCGAUAAGACUGACUUUUCACUCUCUGUUCUCCAAGAAGUGGUCAGAAGCCGUCCCUCGCCUUCCAGCUCGGUCUCACCCUUCUGCAGAAAACUGUACUGUGAUCAACUAUGGAUUGAAGUACAGCAGCCUGGAGACCAGGGGCCUUUUCCAACCGACUGUUCCCUCCCCUCCUGAAAGCAUGGAAGAUGCAAUCAUUUUGGAGAACGGGAGGCAAGAGGAUUACCUUAGGGUACGACUUAGCGAAGGACUGGACAGUGCCUCUUUAGACUCUUUGUAUAGUCUCUUUCAUGGCUGGCAGUUCCGAUCACCUUGUCAGGCUUCUGAGGCAGCACCCGCGUCCCUUGCACCCUUCCGAGCCACCCCUGGGAUUCCCUCCCCAGUCAGUUCUCCUGGCAGCAGUAACCGUGACAUGGAGGAGCAUCUCGAAGUCAUGCACCAGAAAUUACGGGAAGAGCUACCAGCCUUUUUUUCGAGGGGUCAUAAUUAUGCAAUGUAUUCCCAGGACGUAGAAUUCAUCAAUGAGAUUCUGCAUCUGAAAACACGUGGCCUAAUCAUGUAUCAACUGGCAAUUCUCUUGUGCCGCUUUCUGGCCUGGAACUAUUUUGUUCAUAUGCACCUGGAGGUGAUGAAGGUGACGCAACACCCUGAGAACUGGAGCAUCCAAGUGCGGUGGCGGAUUAGAGGACUGCCUUUCCACAUCUUCUUGAUGCGUUUCUUCAGGAAUAAACCUGAAUUUUACAGAAUUUACGAUGCCUAUUCCACUUUCUUCUUAAACCCACAAGGGUUAAUUAAGUGUCACAGAGUAAGCAAGCUCAUGCCAUCCCAGCCACUCCAGAACAAGCUAAAAAACCUUGCUGUGGCCUCCUUGCUGGGCCUGGAGCUGUCAGACCAGAGACCCUCACUAUUGCCAUGGCUAGUAAACAGCAAGGGGCAUCAACAGACUAUAGGGGAUAGUUAAGCCUUGCCCUCUUGUUAAUACCUCUCUUGGUUCAUCUGCCACACUGUAUGGUAAGGAAGAUGCCACUAAACAGUUCAUUGUAUAUCUGUGUUUCUUCGGUAUAGUGUGGAUGUUGCCCCAUGUUGGUGCUGUUAAUUGCACUAGCAAGCGCUGUAAAGAUGACUGCAAUCUAAUAUUGUAUAUAAUAAAAGGUUUAUGUUGGAAA